AUGUAUCCGCGUCUACAGUCGAUACCCGGCCAUGUGUGCCUGCCGUGCCAGUUGCGUCUCAUCAGUCGGCAUGGAAAUUCAACCCAAUUGGUAUUUCACCGAGAAAUUUCUGCCAAAAAAGUUGCACCAACUUUUCGGCGGGCGCUGCACGCCACUGCAAAUCGCUUGCAACUAUCGUCUGCGGCCAAUGUCUCGCCGCAAACAAUCGACCCAUCCCUUCUCCCCCGCCCGCAAAAUACCGCCAUCCGAGACCACCUCGUACAGUGGCAAGAUCUAUAUGGAGGCCCAACAGAAGAAGGGCUUAUGGGGUUCGAGAAUCAUCCUGCUCGUGGAGACAUUCAAAACACUCUCGUAAAGCUGUCAUCUGUUUUCAAAGCAGAUGAGGAUGCCAAGACAACUGAAUGGAAUGGUGCAGAAGAGGAAGACCAAGAUGGAGAUCUGAUAACGGUUGGACUUUUUCUGAAGCCUGGCGAUGUCGUCGAACUGUCUCAGGCCGGACGGGAGCCGGUGCUUGCUGUCUUUGUCCAGCAGCUGGACACUGAAAGCCAAUUCUUUUCGGUCAACGGGAGAUGGGCACACUCGGUCCUGAAGAGGAUCUCUUUCGUCAUCCAAGGCUGCAUUGACCCUGCGCUUGUGCAGCCGCUUGUGCCAUUCUUGCCGACUACCCAAGAGAAUGUGAACCCAAAAGGCGAAAUUCAUGUUCCCAGAGAGCUGUCCUCCCCUGUCGUGGCCGCUUUAGAACGCAUGACCCACGAUGCAGAGGACAUCUACCGUACAAACGCAUCGGCUCUGGAUACAGCUUACACAGUCCUGGCUGACGAAAAAAGAACCCGUAUGAUGACAUUGACCCAAAUUGCCAAGGCGUUGCUCGCGCCCGACGAUCCAGUAUGGAAACCUUCGCCAGCUGCUCUGCUAGCUGUACGCAAGGUUCUGAACCACAACGAAUAUCGUUUUCGCUCCGACUCCCGUACCCACAGACUGACCAACGUUUUUGCCAUUCGACCAAAGACUGAUGUCAAGACUGUUGAAACAGUUCACGAGUGGAUCCGCGACUAUCGGGAAUGUCUCGCCUUGGCUGCAGCCGACCGAAAAGGUGCUUUUCAGGCACGUACAAAAGGCGCACUGUAUAUUCAUGAUUUUCUCGCAAAAGCACGGAGGCUUAUCGCGCAAAGUCGACAGGACCGUGAGCCAGAUCAUGGUGGCGUAGGACCAGUCAAAACAUCUUUUUUUGAGGGUACUACCUUGAAGGCUACAUGGGGAGAGAAGUUCACAAGCACCGAUCAACAGAUCAUAAGUUUCCUACAGGCAUGGGCACUCACUGAUCAGUUUGCAGGCAUGGGCGGCCUUCAUGCUGCUUGUGCUGGUUUGAUUUCCGCGUCGGAUUGCUAUCGCCCAGGUGUGGUCCGGGAUGAGGGUACCGCGGAAGACAAUUUGAAUAGUAUCCGGCAAGCAACUGGAUUGCUGUUCCUGCAGGAGAUUGGUGUGGUAUCCCCUCACGAGAACCGCGCACUCUAUGACGAACAAUUGAUGCUUCCUACUGUGCGCCUUUCGCGGAAUCUGGAGCUCCUCAACAACAAGGCAGAGCUCACACGAAGAAAUCCCGACUUCCGUGACUCCAUGGCCAAUUUCCGGCGCGACUGGGGGUCGACAACCGUGUAUUGCAUCGAUGAUGUGGGUGCCAAAGAGAUUGACGACGGCAUCUCCAUUGAGCGAGUCAAAGAUUCAAAAAAUGAAUUCUGGAUCCAUGUCCAUGUGGCCAAUCCAACGGCAUUCUUCGAUAAAACUCACACACUUUCUGGACUGGCUGCACAUAUGACAGAGACUGUUUAUACGCCAGAGCGGACUUACCCCAUGCUUCCUAAUUGGGCUAACCAUGAACAUUUCAGCCUUGACCGCGAUCGCCCUGCCAUCACAUUUAGUUCUCGCAUCAAUAGCGUUGGCAGCGUGCUCGAGACAAAGAUCCAGCAUGGCAUCAUCCGAAACGUUAUCAGUAUAACUCCCUCUGAGGUGGCCAAGCUCUUAGGCGACGACAGCAUUCCGCACAGUACACGAUUAGUCGUUGGUGGAGAGGUGCCACGUAGCGAGGAACGGUCGCCUCCAAACAUCUCACCCCAUCAGCUAGAAGAGCUUCGCGAUCUGUACACUGCGGCCCAAGCUUUAUGGGAGGGUCGUAAAGCUGCUGGCGGCAUGCGAUUCAACUCGAACAGCAUAAAUGUCCAGGUUUACGAAAGCGCUGGCGCAGCUGGUUUGACUUGGCUUCCGCCUUCAGUUGAACGAGCACGUUUUGUUCGAGGAGAUCCAAUCAUCGAGUACACAAACACCAUGCCUAAGGAGACCAUGCAGCUCACCAUUGGACCCAGAAACAUUGUCGAGGAGAUGAUGAUGCUUGCUGGUCGGUCCGCGGCAGAAUGGUGCACUGAGCGACAUAUACCCGUCAUGUAUCGAGGCACAGUCAAUCCCCCAUCUCGUGAAGAAAUGCCUUUGGAAGAACUCCAGAGCCUUGUGCAUGCACAUCACGCUAAGCAUGGCAACUUGCCUCAAAUUCUCGCCACGCGACUCAUGCGAGCUAUGGGUAGAGCCAUUCCACAUUCUUCUCCAUUGCCGCACAAGAUUAUCGGAGUGCCUGGCUAUGUCAAGGUCACCAGCCCACUACGUCGUUUCGGCGACAUGAUUGCACAUUGGCAGAUCGAAGCCGCCAUACGAUAUGAAGCGCAAACCGGAAAACAAUUCAAUGGAGUUGAUGCCUCUGUUUUAGCACGGAAGGUUCUGGCAUUUUCUCCCAAGCAGAUGCAGGAAUCAAUCAUCAUGCUGUCUCCCCGAGAGCGCAUCAUUACCAUGGCGAAACGGCACUCCACAAACUUCUGGGCUUCUCAAGCAUUCCUCCGUGCCUUCAAGUAUCACGAGGCGCCCCUCCCUGAGGUGUUCAGGCUCCAAGUCCAACUCGUCCAACCAGGCCGAGGGUCCAUUGGGCCUUUGUCUGAAUAUGGACUUGCGGCUUUCAUGCGAGAGGAAGAGGGUGUUCAGCAAGGUGACGAAUGGGAGGUUAUGCUGGACAGGGUUGAUGUGUUCGCUAGAUGCGUCUUUGUGAAGCCGCUUCGCCUAGUGCAUCGUAGCGAGGAUUUUGCUGUCUGAGUACGGCCUAUAUGGGGCUGAAGAAAGUUGUUAUCGAGCAUGGUCAAAGAGCGUCUCCCUUUCUUUUUAGCCAUGCGGAUAUGUUCCCGGACAAUUUGACUGGUCGACGCUUUUGGUCUCUCGUGGCAACAUGGAGUCUUUAUUAUGCCGGUAAGGAUGCGCGCUCUCAACACCCCGCUAGAUCACAAAUGGCUUGGAUUCACAUUUACUACCAUGACAUUGAGGGAAAAGUGGCGAGAACCUCGCAGCCACAGCCUGUCAAAUUACGAGAAAGGGUCAACGGUCUCUCUGGAUGCAGUACACCAAGACAUGUCGAUGCAAGCCACGUAUGCACCCACGGAGAAGGACCUAAUGUGGGCGUAGAUCUGCUCGUGUCC